AUGAUCAUUGGUCAAGAAGAUGCGAAGUGCUCGAAUUAUCGAGAUUUAGCUGUUGAUAUACUGUCGGUGAUAUUACCGAAUUCGUCACUUGACGAUGCCUUCAAAUUCGAAUCUCUCAUUGAACCACUGCAUGCGUCAAUUGUUUCACAAAGGUUCUUCUGUUCAGUUUUCAUUCUUUUUUGA